CCCUGAUUGAUCUGUACUCAGGGUACGAUCAUCUCCCAUUGGAUGUUCGGGACAGGCCAUACACCGCAAUGCACACCCCCGUAGGACAGUUGCAGAUGCAGGUGACCCCUAUGGGCUUCACAAACGCGGUAGCCGAAGCGCAACGAAGAAUGCUCGCCGUAGCCGGGGACAUGUUGCCAGAGAAGUGUGAGCCCUACAUCGAUGACAACCCGAUCAAAAGCGCGCAAGAGAAGGACGAGACGGAAGUCCAGCCAGGAAUCCGAAGGAAGCCAAAUCCGGCAAAGACGGACAAGAUAUCACAGUGGCCGACACCCCUGCGCAUGACAUCAGAGUUCGAUUACAAAAUCGAACGGAUUGCGGGAAUCAGAAACAAGGCCGAUGGGCUGAGCCGGGUCUGCAUCACUCCCGAAGGGGUGGAGGAAGCGAAGCCCAUAGACGCAUUCCUCGAAUACGAAGGAGGAACUCUCGCGGUGGAUAACGAAAUGAUGGGCGAAGAAUGCGCGUCGGGAGAGUUGUUGAUCCGCACUUUGGAGAAGGGGGCACUUGCCGUAGCUGCAGAACUUAGAGAAGGACCAGUCACCACUCGAGGUCGCAAAGAGGAGAAAGAUUCGUGGGGAGCAAUAGUAGGACCGAAGGAGGAACUAAUAGCAAUGGCGAUUGAGGGAGGUCGGGACGCCGUGAUGAGCUUAGUGGAAUUUUGGGAGAGGAAAGAGUUGCGAUGGAUGACCCCUCGGAAGGGCGCCAUUGGCCAUGGACAUCACUGCGGGGUCAUUGACAAUAGCACCUCAUGUCGACGACGCCCACUCCAGUCGUGGGCGUGUUGCAACCGCUGGACUCCCUACAAUACCAUUCUACGACCGCAGGAGCACCAACGCUUUGUGGGAGCAGAGAGUUACGGGCGGACGUGGACCAGCAGACGAAUGCGAUUUAUUGGGGUAAUUGGCGAUGCUCCUCAUGACGCCUUCAGAGCAUACAAAGACCGUCACGGUAGACCUCUGCGGUCUAAAACAUCGGAUGUUGCCUUCACGAGUAUGGUGAAGGCCAGUAUGUCCUGGGCGAGGAAGAAGGCCGGAGCAGCUACAUUGGCACCUCACGUGUAUCAUCGUUCGGGGUCUUCCACACGUGAAGGUCCAGAGGACAAAGAGAUUACGGCAGAUGGCGGCGCUUUAGAAGACAGAGGUGUUGUGCGUACAGGAGCCUCAGGUGACACGUUGCGGAGAUCGGAUCAUGUGUAUCAGGUGCAUCAGGCUAGUCGAGUUGCAUCGGUUGACGGAGGUAGUGACGGGCAAGGAGCAGAGCCCGGAGGGAAGCGACACGGUAGUGCGCUGAUCGUCCAUGAUGACGGCUCCGACGUCCAAGCAGGUGAGACCACAAGCGUCGAUAAUGCGGGUGACUCAGAUUUCGUCCCGGCCUUUCGGACGGCAGAUGAAGGAGAUGGAGGUGGAUGACGGGUUAGACAGAGGACGGGACUCGGACCGCACGAACACAGUACACCGACGGCUCCUAUACACUGU